CUACAUCUGUUCGGUCUGUCGCCGGAAUCGGUGGAUGGAACGCCGGAACUUUCGCCGGCAGCUUUUGAGGAGCCCAGUUUAAGGGAGAAGUUUCGGAGCAGGAUCAAGCCGGUGAGAUUCGGAUCGGCAAUUGGCCGCGUUCUGACAGGGGAAUGGCACGCCGAUUGCCGGGUCUGUCUGGUUCGGUUCGAUUCGAACUCUGUGGUGAACAGAUUGCCUUGCGGGCAUCUGUUCCACAAGGGCUGCGUUGAGCGGUGGCUGGAUUACCGAAAGGACACUUGUCCUCUCUGCCGUUCGCACCUUCUACCGGACGACGUUCUAGCCGGCGGAGGCGGCAGCGGUGUUGAGGUUUUCCCGGUGUGGUGAAGUGGGGCUUGUUGUUGCGGAAGCAUCAUGGGUGGUAGGUUUCUUUUGGUUGUUUAUGUUUUGAUGCGCCGUCAUGUUUGGUUUCUGUCUAUUGUACGGACGAAGGGUAUGGUGUGAUGACGCUGCCGAGUUAUCCCUCGCUCUUCUUCUUCUUCUUCUUCUUCUUCUUCUUCUUCUUCUUCUUCUUCUUCCACCGUGUGUAUAUUAGAAAUCUUGAAGAAAUCUGAGCCGUUUGUGUUACUGUACAGAUUGUUAACCCUUGCCUUGUAUUAAUUUUGGACCAGGAAAUCGUUUGCUGCUUGGAUUUUCUGUGAAUCGUUUUUCUAUGA